AGCUGCCGGGCUCUGGCCCCGUCCAGAAUCUUCCUGGCCAGCCGGGCCACUGUGCGUCAGUGCCCAUUCAGGUCCAGGCGGGUUUCUCCCGAGAAGUGGAAAAUUAAGUCUCCACACUCGAUCCCAGACUCAGUGGUAAUGGUAAACCAGCUCAGUGGCUUGGGGCUGCAUUCGACCAAAGAGGCAAAAGUGCCAGGCUGCAAAGUCUGCUAACUCCACUGCAGCUGAGGCAAAGACUAGCGGCCCGGGUGGCGAGGGGAAGGAGUGGCUUCCCACUAGUUUCAGCAGCUGUCCCCAGAGUGGUGGUGUCUCUUGAGCAGGAAGGACAGCAAAAAUAAGCCUAAACUUUUGCAUAAGACACACAGCGCUUUAUAUAGCCCCAAAUUGCUUCUCUGCAGAAUGUCCAACAAAGACCGGCACCUUGACUCCAGCUGCUCCUCCUUCAUCAAGACGGAACCCUCCAGCCCGGCCUCCCUGACGGACAGCGUCAACCACCACAGCCCGGGCGGCUCCUCGGACGCCAGCGGGAGCUACAGCUCCACCAUGAACGGCCACCAGAACGGGCUGGACUCGCCGCCCCUCUACCCGUCGGCGCCACUCCUGGGCGGCGGCGGGCCGGUGCGGAAGCUCUACGAGGAUUGUUCGAGUAGCAUCGUGGAGGACCCGCAGACCAAGUGCGAGUACAUGCUCAACUCCAUGCCCAAGAGACUGUGCCUGGUGUGCGGGGACAUCGCGUCGGGCUACCACUACGGCGUGGCCUCCUGCGAGGCCUGCAAGGCCUUCUUCAAGAGGACGAUUCAAGGUAACAUAGAAUACAGCUGCCCGGCCACGAACGAGUGCGAGAUCACGAAGCGCAGACGCAAGUCCUGCCAGGCGUGCCGCUUCAUGAAGUGUCUGAAGGUGGGGAUGCUGAAGGAAGGGGUACGUCUUGACAGAGUACGUGGCGGUCGGCAGAAGUACAAGCGCAGAAUAGAUGCAGAGAACAGCCCAUACCUGAACCCUCAGCUGGUUCAGCCAGCCAAAAAGCCAUAUAACAAGAUUGUCUCCCAUUUGUUGGUGGCUGAACCGGAGAAGAUCUAUGCCAUGCCUGACCCCACCGUCCCUGACAGUGACAUCAAAGCGCUUACCACACUGUGUGACUUGGCCGACCGGGAGCUGGUGGUCAUCAUAGGAUGGGCAAAGCAUAUUCCAGGCUUCUCCACGCUGUCCCUGGCCGACCAGAUGAGCCUCCUGCAAAGUGCUUGGAUGGAAAUUUUGAUCCUCGGGGUCGUAUACCGAUCGCUUUCGUUUGAGGAUGAACUUGUCUAUGCAGACGAUUAUAUAAUGGACGAAGACCAGUCCAAACUGGCAGGGCUUCUUGACCUCAAUAACGCUAUCCUGCAGCUGGUAAAGAAAUACAAGAGCAUGAAGCUGGAGAAGGAAGAAUUUGUCACCCUCAAAGCGAUAGCUCUCGCUAAUUCAGACUCCAUGCACAUAGAGGACGUGGAAGCUGUGCAGAAGCUGCAGGACGUGCUGCACGAAGCCCUUCAGGAUUACGAGGCGGGCCAGCACAUGGAAGACCCGCGCCGGGCCGGCAAGCUGCUCAUGACGCUGCCGCUGCUCAGGCAGACCUCCACCAAGGCCGUGCAGCACUUCUACAACGUCAAGCUCGAAGGCAAAGUCCCCAUGCACAAACUGUUUUUGGAAAUGCUGGAGGCCAAGGUCUGACUAAAAGCUUCCGGGGCCUGCCCCUUGCGCACGCUGCAAAGGGAGAAUAAACCCAAAAGUGAUGGCGAAGAAAUUUAGGAUUUAGUUAAGGACUUCAACUAUCAACAAAGACUGCACUGAUACUUUAGCAGCAAGACUGUGAAGCAGCUUUCGGAUUCCUCCACAUGUUCCUGCUAAAUUGCUGUCCCCGUUAGCUCUCCUCCUUUCUCCUUUCUCUCCUGAUUCCCUUCCUUUUAGUUCAUUUUUAUUUUCUUUCUUCUCCCUUUCUCUCAAUGUUUGGCUUCCUUCAUUACUGGUUUCUGGUUGUCUCAUUUCCUCCCUCCCUUCCUUCCUUCCUUUCUUCGUUCCUUCCCUUCUCUUUCUUCCUCCUUUAUCCUAAAAUUUAAGUAACCCUAAUUAUAAGAAAGGAUUCCUUCUUUCACCUCUCCGUUUUUCUUUUCUCCUCCAUUCCUUUCCUUUUUCUCCAUCUCCCUUCCCUUUUUUUCUUCCAAUUUCUUUAUUUUUUCCUGUCCUUUCCUUUCCCUUUCAUCCUUCCUUUUGCUGCGGAACUUUUAAAAGAGGUCUCUAAGUGACACAAGCUAGAAGCCAGCCCUGCCAAAGGAUAGAGAUCCACAGUAUGGAUACCAGUGAACUUACUCCGAACCGUACCUAGCGUCCCCAGUGACUAAGGAAUCAAAGAGACGAGCGAGAAGCGGCGUACUUGAAAGUGCAGCGCGACAGAAGCAAAAUUGACUGAGUGCAGUAUUAGAUUUCACGGAGCAGCCUCUGAUUAGACAACUUAAGCGACGUUGCAUCGGCUGCUGCUUAUCAUUGCUUUUCCAUCUAGAUCUGUUACAGCCAUUUGAUUCCUUAAUUGUUUUCCAAGUCUUCCAGGUAUUUGUUAGUUUAGCUACUAUGUAACUUUUUCAGGGAAUAGUUUAAGCUUUAUUCAUUCAUGCAAUACUAAAGAGAAAUAAGAAUACUGCAAUUUUGUGCUGGCUUUGAACAAUUAUGAACAAUAAUGAAGGACAAUUGAAUCCUGAAGGAAGAUUUUUAAACAAAAUGUUUUGUUUCUUCUUACAAAUGGAGAUUUUUUUGUACCAGCUUUACCACUUUUCAGCCAUUUAUUAAUAUGAGAAUUUAACUUACUCAAGCAAUAGUUGAAGGGAAGGUGCAUAUUAUAACGGAUGCAAUUUAUGUUGUGUGCCAGUCUGGUCCCAAACAUCGAUUUCUUAACAUGAGCUCCAGUUUACCUACACCACUGACACCAAGGAUUAGAUUACACCCGCAGUGGCUGGGGGCGGCUGCUGGCGUCUGCCCUGUGGGAGGGGAUGCGAAGCCCUAGCAUGGUCACGCAUACACCUCUGUGCCCGAGGGGUGGGCGCCAUAUGCCUUCUGGCUGCCCUGGUGGUGAGAAGGAGAUGCUGCCCGUCUGCAGAGCUCCGGACCUUGUCUCAGAAGGAGCCGUGUGUGAGCCAGUAUUCACCUGAGAGGCAAUAAGGCAAAUGCCAGAGAUCAAAAAUAAAAAUAAAAUAAAAUCAUGAAAGACAGCAGAUGCCUGACCAAAUUCUAAAACCUGAUCCAUAUGAGUUCAUUCAUUUAGGAACGUUGGUUUCAAUUAAUCCGCAGUUUUUACCAAAAGCUAUGUGAUUGCGAGCCAGUAUGGUCACAGCACGAGAGGCAGUCAGGGUCCAGACUGUCACGAGGUGUAAUCUAAUGAGGAAAUCAGUUAGCUCCCCCCGAAAUCUACAGUCACCAAAUAUCCGAUAAACAGUAACCUCCAUCCAACGCUAUACCAAUGGACCAGUGUUAGUAGCUGCUCCCUACCGUGUGAACAGUCCUUACUCUAUGUACACAGAUGUAAUUAAAAUUAUAAUCCUAACAAACAAAAGAAAUGUAGUUCAGCUCUUCAAUGUUUCAUGUUUGCUGUGCUUCUCUGAAGUUUAUGUUGCAUUCAAAGACUGUUGUCUUGUUCUCGUGGUGUUUGGAUUCUUGUGGUGUGUGCUUUUAGACACAGGGUAGAAUUAGAGACAAUAUUGGAUGUACAAUUCCUCAGGAGACUACAGUAGUAUAUGCUAUUCCUUACUGGUAAUAAGGUUCUUCCUAAUAAUAAUUAAGAUACUGAGACUCCAAACAAGUAUUCAUUACGAACAGAUACACAUCAAAGUCAUAAUAAUAUUUUCAAAACAAGGAAUAAUUUCUCUAAUGGUUUAUUAUAGAAUACCAAUGUAUAGCUUAGAAAUAAAAUUUUGAAUAUUUCAAGAAUAUAGAUAAGUCUAAUUUUUAAAUGCUGUACAUACGGCUUUCACUCAGUCAUCUCUCAGAUGUCGUUAUUAACUCGCUUUGUGUUGUUGCAAACCUUUUUGGUGCGGACUCUGUUUCCAAAACUAUUGCUACUUUGUGUGCUUUAAACAGAAUACCUUGGGUUGGAGUUCCAACCCAGUGCUAGGAAUACUGUGUAUCUAUCAUUAGCUAUAUGGGACUAUAUUGUAGAUUGUGGUUUCUCAGUAGAGAAGUGACUGUAGUGUGAUUCUAGAUAAAUCAUCAUUAGCAAUCCAUUCAGAUGGUCAAUAACUUGAAAUUUAUAGCUGUGAUAGGAGUUCAGAAAUUGGCACAUCCCUUUAAAAUUAACCGCAGAAAAUACAACUCCUGGGACAAAAAAUAAAUAAAAGGUGCUGAUUCUAUAAGAUUAUUUAUAUAUGUAAGUGUUUAAAAAAGGUUAUUUUCCAGAAAGUUUGUGCAGGGUUUAAGUUGCUACUAUUUAAUUACAAUCUGUAUAUGUAAGACAGCUAGGUGUCUACACCAUCCUCACUGUAUCACGUUGACGUACAUGGUACUGUAAGAAAUGUGGAACAACUAGAGGCAUGAGAUGGAGACCUGUUCAGAGAACGAGAUGCAAUUUCUAGUUUUCAGUUGAAGUGACAUGGACCUUGCAAAAGAACAAAUAUCUCACAGAUAGGAAAAAAGAAAACAAGCAAAAUGUGGGUCUAACAGAACUGUACAGGCUUGAGGGUAAAUGCCCGUCUUAAACCUCACCCGAGGGAAGUUUUUUCAGGUUUCGUGCAAGACCAUUUACUUAAUGUGAAGUUGUGGAGAGUGAUGAAGAUGUAUGUUUCAGCCGUCUGAUUUCUUUUUAUUGUGCUUCUUUUAGGUUGGUUCUUAUUUAAAGCAAUAUGAUUGUGUGACCCUCGUAGUUACACUCGUGUUUCAAUCAGAUCAGACUGUUGUAUUUAUUCCACUAUUUUGCAUUUAAAUGAUAACAUAAAAGAUAUAAAAAAUUUAAAACUGCUAUUUUUCUUAUAGAAGAGGAAAUGGGUGUUGGUGAUUGUAUUUUAAUUAUUUAAGCAUCUCUGUUUACCUGCCUAGGAAAACAUUUUAUGGCAGUCUUAUGUGCAAAGAUCGUAAAAGGACAAAAAAAUUUAAACUGCUUAUAAUAAUCCAGGAGUUGCAUUAUAGCCAGUAGUAAAAAUAAUAACAAUAAUAUUAAUCAUAAUAAUAAUAAUGAUAAAACCAUGUCUAUAGCUGUAGAUGGCUUCACAUCUGGAAAGCAAUCAAUUGUAUAUUUUUGUGAUGUGUACCAUACUGUGUGUUCCAGCAGACGUCUGUUUGUGUAAAUGUAUUUAUUUUAUAUUGUAUAUAUUGUUCAAUGCAAAAGGAGAUAUGAUUCUGUAACUCCCACCAGUUCAGAUGUGUAACUCAAAUUAUUAUGCCUUUCAGGGUGAUGGUAGAGCAAUAUUAAACAAGCUUCCACUUUUGACUGCU